AUGCUAGGCGCAAGCCAUAGUCCAAACUACACAAUGUGGAAAUUUGGCAUGAUCGCAACCGAUGGCAUGAAGGAAAUUGCCGAAUGGGGUAACACCUAUAAAGGAGAGCAGGAAAUGAAGGAACACGCCAGUGAGAUUCGUACACUGAUGAAAAUCAAAGGUCUAUGGUAUCCAGAGGUUCAAGGCCGUACACACAGUUCAUUCGUAGUUAACAAGUACCACCAUCUCGCCUCGCUGGCCGCUAUGUUCGGUCCAUCACCCGACUGGUGUGUAGGUAUCUCGUCGGUAAACCUCUGCCUACCCGACUGCACCUGGGUACCCGAGCGUACUUUUGAGCUGCUACCCUUCGAUGCGGGCACUGAUAAUGGACCGACGUUCAUGUCUCCCAACAACCCCGCCGAACCUCGUGUUCCCAUCCACCCCAUUACCACCAAACUCGACCCCCGCUCGCCGUUCUACAGCGAAGAUACAGACAUAAUCGCCCCGUUGGCACGACUCGUCCUCAAGCGGGAGCAACUGAUCAAAUCUGAUUGCAAGUCCACUGAAGAGUACCAGAAGAUCGCAUUCAAUGCUACCAAUACUAGUGAGGACGAGGAGUAUAAAGACAGAAGAGAGUGUAUGGUCACAUCGUGGGAGCCAUGGUCUCUUUGUUCUGCCACGUGCGGGAAGGGCAUCCGGAUGCGAUCCCGUGUUUACGUCUUCCCCAUCAAGGCCCAAAUGUUCCACUGCCAUCGUCAAAUGAUCGAACGACAAUUCUGCAAUGCAAAAAUCAGCGAAUGUGAAAAUUCGGAUGCUUUCAACUCGCGAUGCGCUGUAAGCAGUUGGGCACCCUGGACUGAAUGUAGUGUCACGUGUGGAUUCGGUACACGCUCCAGAUCGAGGACAUUCAAAGAGCCCGACUCAAAUAAUGUCACCUGUCCUCAUGUCGAAAUGGUCAGGAAGGAUAUCUGUGUUGGCGAUAAUGGCGAGGAUUGUUCGGUGACUCCGGAUCCACUGUGUCGAGCCACCACUUGGAGUGAAUGGUCUCCGUGUUCAGCGUCCUGCGACGAAGGCGUUCGUGUCAGGACCCGUCUCCUCUUCUAUGCCGAACACGAGCAGCAUUGCUCACAUGUUGUGCUACAAGAGAACGAAAACUGUCAACUGCAAACGUGUAGACGACUGCUCAGUGCACACUCUGAAGGCUGGUUACCUUACUCUUCCCAAUUCUCAACGCUGAUUGAGAUCUGCCACGAAGAGAAGCAAGAGGGUCUCUGCGCUGGUACCUACCCCAGAUACUGGUAUAACGCCGAGAUGAAUCGUUGUGAACGCUUUAUUUAUACCGGCUGCAAGGGCAAUCGAAACCAAUUCGAAACUGAGGACGAGUGCAAACGAUUCUGUGUGAAGGGUUAUGAGUCACCAAUGGGUGAAGUCGUACCUGGACAUCAGUUGAUCAAUGAAUUCGGUGUGGAUCAAGUGGAUGAUGGAGGUGAACCUGUUGAUUGUGUCAUCUCCGAAUGGACUCCGUGGGGAAACUGCUCAGCUACUUGCGGCUCCGGCAAAAGGCAACGUUCCAGACAAAUUGAGGCCAGUCGUUUCUCCCUCAUCCCACCAAAAAGCCUUAAAAAUUUAAUUUCUGGCCAUCCAUAA